AUGUUAGUCCCUAGCGCUUCAUCUACCUCAUCACGAUCGUUAAUAUUAUUUGCUUUCGGUUGUACAUUAGCAAUUGUAUUAAUGACAUUUCAAUAUGAACAUAAAAUAUCAUUAUUUAAUUCUCCUCGUCAUAUGCUUACAUUACCUUCUUUGAGUCUCAUUUCCAUAUGUGGUCUGGGCACUGCUUUAGUCGGUUUUCUCUAUCCAAUGCUAAUUACAUCUAAUGAUCAAACAUCUGUAUCUUUAUAUAUGGAUGAACCUAUGCAAAAAUCUCAACUUUGUAAAUCAGUAGUCAUAUUUGUUGGUAUUAAUCAUCUAUGUGCAAAAAUUCCAUUUCAAAGUGAUCUUCAUUUUAGUAUUAUCAUAGUUUUACUAUGUAUAGCAUUUUGGUGGUGGUUUGAUGGAACUAAAAUUGACUUUACUUUUUCAAUUAUUGUAUCAUUUAUAUUGACAAUGACAACAGAAAUAUUACUACGUGCUGGUGCAUUAGAAUAUACAUAUUCAGAUUUUUAUUUAAAAACAUGUGUGCCUUGUCUAACAUUUGCUGGUGCUAUUCUGAUAAUACAAAUAACAAAACUAUUAUCUCCAAAUCAAUCAUCAUUAAUACCGAAUAUUCAAAUCGAACAAGAACAUAUGAAAAAUGAGUAA